CAUCCUGGCAGGGCUUCCCGGCCAAACUCCUGCUUCAGCCCCUGCUGUGCACCCACGACUCUCGCACGCGUGGGCCCCCAUGGCUAACUCAGCGCUCAACCACUCCUGGCCAGCCCUCUCCAAGCGGUGGCUGAAGCGGUGGGCCUUCAAGAGAGGUUCUGAGCCCAAGCCAUGUGUCCAGCCCUUUGACUCUGAAGCAGCAGCAGCAGCGGCCGGGAGCAGCGGCGGCCCCUGGAGGCCCGGGCGCCCAGACUUUCCCACCAUGGAGGAUGAGCAGGAGGAUGGCCUUCUAGGACAGCUCAGCGACAGCGCCGAGGACCUCAGCUUGGACUUGGGGGCCCUUCAGGGCAGCGAGUAUCUCCAGGACCUGGGCCUUGGGGCCUUUUCCCACAGCCAGCCUGGGGAGGCCAGGGACAGCGGCCCCCCCAGUGAAGAGGCCGGAGGAGAUUCGCCCUUCUCCAGCUCGGCAGAGUCCCAGGGCGGGCCUCGGAGACGCAGCUGGGAAAGGUCUCGGAGCUGCUCCGAGAGCUGGCAGAGGCUCGGCCUCGAGGCCGCGGCUGUGAACCAGGGGCCCUGUCUCCCUCGGACGCUGGCUAGCCUUGCUCUGAACUUGCCGGGAGAGGAUCUGCAGGCCUGGACCCAACAGUGUCUGUCUGGGGGUGGGACCCCAGCAGAGCACCCAGGCAAGGAAUGUGACAGCCCUGAGAAAAGAGUGAGGUCACGGUCGGUUCCCGUGUCCUUUGAUGAGAUCAGCUCCCUGGAAAUCUCUCCGGCUUUGGAGGUGCCCACUCCUGCUGUUCAAGGCCUGGAGCCGCCGGCGCUGGAGUGCAUGGAAAAGGACCACGUGGAACCGGAUCACGUGCUGAUGGUCCAAAAAGUGCUUCAGGAACUUCGACAGUACCACGGGGCCCGACAGAGGGCUCGCUUGUCAGUGAGCCCUGGAGAAGGCCACUCAAACCUCACCUGGUUUGAGUUCCUGUCUGAGAGCGAAGACAGCGCCAGAAGGGUUGAGCGGAGUGACAGGAGCACCAGGGUGAAACGCAGACUGAGCUCCCUCCGCUGUAGAGUCACCAGACAGAAGGAGAAGGGGAAGAGCCCAGCACAACCAAAGGACAAGGGUCAGGAUGCUAGAGAGAGGAAGGAAUGCAUCCAUGGGCACCAGCUGGCCCAGGGGACGUUCGUCGGCCACUCCAGCUGUCCCCUGUGCGGCAAACCCUUCCUGAGCUCUGCGUCCUUAAAGGAGCACCCGAGGGCCACCCUCUUGUCCGAUGGCAGCCCGGCCCUGUCCAGGAAUGUCGGCAUGACGGUCUCACAGAAGGGGGGGCCACAGCCAGCACCCAGCCCGGCGGGAACGGGGACGCAGCUCGGACCAGUCACAGGAGAGAUGGAUGAAGCCGACUCCGUAUUUUUAAAAUUUAAGCAGGCAGCUGAUGACUCUCUUUCGCUUACAUCUUCGAAUGCCGAGCCCAUUUUUGUAGAAGACCCUUGCACGGCCUCGCUGAGGAGUGAGAUCGAGUUGGAUGCCCGCGAGUUCGAGGCCGAGUCCUGGAGCCUCUCUGUGGAUGCCGCGUAUGCAAAGAAACAAAAGAGAGAGGUGGUAAAGAGGCAGGAUGUGCUCUAUGAGCUGGUGCAGACGGAGGUGCAUCACGUACGGACGCUCAAGAUCAUGCUGAAGGUCUACUCCAGGGCCCUGCAGGAGGAGCUACAGUUCAGCAGCCAGGCCGUCAGCCGCCUCUUCCCGGGUGUGGACGACCUGCUGGACUUGCACAGCCACUUCCUGUCUCGGCUGAAGGAGCGCCGCCGGGAGUCCCUGGAGGAGGGCAGUGACCGGAACUACGUCAUCCAGAAAAUCGGGGACCUCCUGGUGCAGCAGUUUUCAGGCGAAAAUGGGGACAGAAUGAAAGAAAAAUAUGGUGUCUUUUGUAGUGGCCACAACGAGGCGGUCAGUCAUUAUAAGUUGCUGCUGCAGCAAAACAAGAAAUUUCAAAGCUUGAUCAAGAAAAUCGGCAACUUUUCCAUCGUGCGGCGGCUUGGUGUGCAGGAAUGUAUCCUCCUGGUCACGCAGCGCAUAACCAAGUACCCGGUGCUGGUGGAGCGCAUUAUUCAGAACACAGAAGCCGGCAGCGAGGACCACAGAGACCUGAGCCAGGCCCUGAAGCUCAUCAGAGACAUCAUCUCGCAAGUGGACGCCAAGGUCAGCGAGUUCGAGAGAGGCCAGCGCCUCCGGGAGAUCGCGGGGAGGGUGGACCUGAAGUCCUCCAGCAAGCUCAAGAACGGCCUGACCUUCCGCAAGGAGGACAUGUUACAGCGGCAGCUGCAUCUGGAGGGCACACUGUGCUGGAAGACCACGUCGGGGCGCCUGAAAGAUGUUCUUGUUGUCCUUCUGACUGAUGUGCUUUUGCUGCUACAAGAAAAGGAUCAAAAAUACGUCUUUGCCUCCGUGGACUCCAAGCGCCCGGUCAUCUCAUUACAAAAGCUCAUCGUGAGGGAAGUGGCCAACGAGGAGAAAGCCAUGUUCCUGAUCAGCGUCUCCCUGCGAGGCCCGGAGAUGUACGAGAUCUACACCAGCUCCAAAGAGGAGAGGGACACCUGGAUGGCUCACAUCAGAAGGGCCGUUGAGAACUGUCCCGAUGAGGAGGAGGGGCCCUUCAGCGAGGCCGAAGAGGAGAGGAAGGUGGUCGAGGCCCGCGCCCUGAGGCUGAGGGACUUCCAAGAGCGACUGAACCUGAAAGACCAGCAGAUUGCGCAGAGCCUCAGCGAGAAGCAGCAGAUCUACCUGGAGAUGGCUGAGACGAGCGGGCUGGAAGACGUCGCUCCGUCACGGCUCCUCUUCCGAGGAGGGGACCCCUCCGAGACCGUGCAGGGGGAGCUGAUUCUCAAGUCGGCCAUGAGUGAGAUUGAGGACAUCCAGAACCUGCUCUGCAGGCAGCUGGCCAGCGCCAACGGUCAGGCGGAAGAUGGGGGAGGCUCCGCGGGCCUGCCCCGCAGGGCAGACACCUUCGGGGGCUGCGGCACCGUGAGCAGCCCCGGCAAGAACGGCAGCUUUAAGAAGGUCUGCAGCAACGACCCUGGCCCCCGAGACUGGCAAGGCCCGGUGAGCAGCCCAGACUCCAGGCCCGGCGACACCCCGGGGGCCUCUGAGGAGCCACCACCUGUGGUCACAGUGCCAGGUGCGGAGUCUGGCCCCCGUCUGCCCGCCGUCCUGGAGCUGGAGCUCGUGCAGCGGAUCCAGACGCUGUCCCAGCUGCUGCUAAGCCUCCAGGCCGUCAUCGCCCAGCAGGACAGCUACGUGGAGAUGCAGAGGGCCGCCCUCCAGGAGCGCGAGAAGCAGCUGCGGCUGCAGUCCACGCGCGGAAACCUGCUGCUGGAGCAGGAGCGCCAGCGCAACUUCGAGAAGCAGCGGGAGGAGCUGGCGGGCGUGCAGAAGCAGCAGGGCCGGCUGCGGCUGGAGCAGCAGCGCUGGGAGCGCGAGCGGGAGCGCCAGCGGCAGGAGCUCGACGUGGCUUCGGCGCGGCUGCGGCAGCGCGAGGAAGAGUCGCUGCAGCUGCAGGAGCGGCUGGGCCAGGAGCGCGAGCAGCUGGAGCGGCAGCGGCGCGCCUACCAGCACGACCUGGAGCGGCUGCGGGAGGCGCAGCGCGCCGUGGAGCGGGAGCGCGAGCAGCUGGAGCAGCAGCGGCGCCUCAAGAAGCAGAACACGGCGCCCGGGGCGCUGCCGCCCGACGCGCUGGCCGAGGCCCAGCCCCCAAGCCACGCUCCCAGCUUCAACGGGGAAGGGCUGGAAGGGCCCACCGGCCUCGCCAAAGCGCCAGGACCCCGGGCGAGCCUGCUGCUGUCCAGCUCGGGCCCCGAAUUCCCAGAGCGCCCCGAGGUGGCUCGCCGGGACAGCACCCCGGCGGAGGGUCGGCCGGCCAAGAGCGACGUGCCCAUCCAGCUGCUCAGCGCCACCAACCAGAUCCAGAGGCAGGCGGCCGUGCAGCAGCAAAUCCCCACCAAGCUGGCCGCCUCCACCAAGGGCGGCAAGGACAAGGGCGGCAAGAGCAGGGGCUCCCAGCGCUGGGACAGCUCGGCCUCCUUCGACCUGAAGCAGCAGCUGCUUCUCGGCAAGCUCAUGGGCAAGGACGAGGGCGCCUCUCGGAACCGCCGCUCGCUGAGCCCCGUCCUGCCAGGCAGCCACGGCUCCACGCCUCUCCCAGACCCCUGCGGCUCAGCCCCAGCCGACGUGCCCCCUGAGGGUUCCAAGCCCGGGGGCGCGCCCGUGCCCCCAUCCUUCUUGCCACUGCCCACCACGCCAUUGGACAAGGAAGAAGCCGGCAAGGAAGACGUCAUCUUCUUCUAGAGGGGCUGUGGCUCCAGGUGCAGACCCCUCCCUGUCCUGCUCUCCGGGGAGCCUCCCAGUUGUCCCUCCCCCCUUCCCUAGCAGACCCACACCAGCGACCGCAUGGCUGGGGCUGGGGCUGGGGUCUGGGCCGGGGCGGGCCUGUCAUCUCGAGACUCUUUCUGUAGGAUUAGCAGUGGUGCCUGGGUAACUUUCUAAACUUCUUUUUUUGAUACAGAAAGGAAAGUUUGUAAUCGAAGGGUGAGCCAGAGCUGACCUAAGGAGCAGUGUUCAGUUGUAGCACCCCAUGUGAGUAGGGAGAGAACAACUCCACGCCAUCGUUCCCAGGGACUGCCCAACGCAAGAAGCCUGGUGACAGGCCAGACCCCAGUCUAAGGAGGAAGUGCUGGCCCUGGGCCAGGCUCCGCAGCCUCCAGGAGACGCUGGAACGUGUCAUUAGGGCACCAGGAGGGGUGGGUGGUGUCAGCAGAAUCAGCUUCCAAAGCAGAAACCUACAUGUGUUCACGGUGAACCUCAAGGCCGAGGGCGUGAGCUCAGAUCAGGGGUGGCACACAGCCCGCCUGGGGACAGAGGGCCACAGGGCAGGGCGUAUGAAGGGGAUGGCCAGUGGCACCGUAGACAGGUUCUAUAGGUUCUGGAAGGGGUGGGCCAUAACUCAUUUUAAUUUGACAGAGGUUUUUAAAACCUGCUGUUGCUCAACUUUGUGCUUCCCAGAGGAACCUCACCCAGUUGGCAUGAUUCUGUGGGGUUCAAGGGCACCAGCUGUUCUCUGAGCAUUCAGCCUGUCCGGAGAAGGCAAAUCGAGAGCUUUAGGCAGGACUAGUGCACUCCUGAGGGUCCCGCUCCUAGCAGAGGGUCCCCAGCCCCCAUGAGAUGGGCUGGUGUUCCUGGGGCCACAGGGAGGAAGCCCCCGGGACAGGUGUCCCUCACUGAGGGGCAGGUGCUGGUUUAGGGAAUGGAGUGGUGGGGCUGCCCUGCCUUGGCAGACAAGGGUGAGAUGCUAGAGGGGUCACGUGUGGCCAGGAGACCUUAGGUGGCCAGAUGGCCGUGGGUGCCUCAUGCCCAGUGAGCCAUGCUGGCUUACUGUCCGCUUUCCCUGGAGGGCAGCUCCCCCCCACCCCACAGUCCAGCCGCACAGCUGUGGACGGCAGGGGGGGGGGGGGGGGUGUUAGAUGUCCAGGAACGGUCAGGGGUGGCAAACGGGUCAGAGCCACACUUCAGCUCUGGAGGAACUCUGAGUGCCGGGUGGGUGAGUGGGGAUCCCGCAGCCUUUGCACCCCUGGCCCCGCCACCGAGCCCAGAGCCCAGUCCCUUCCAAGGCAUUGGCGGGAGGACUUGGGUCCCUCGCUGACCAAGGAGCGGGGGCGCUGCAGGGUGGAGCGACACAGGCAUUCCUGACGGAGGAACCGAAAGCAGCGGUCGUGAACCUCUCCCAAGCACAGGAAAUGGUGUGACAUUCCCGGGCCUCUCUGAGAAGCCCCGCCUGCUCCCUCCUCUCCCCUGCUCUCGACUGUGUCCUCCUCCUCAAGGAGCAAGGAAAAGCGGUCUCCCUCGGUCCUGUGACACAGCGGAGCCGACCUGUGCCACGUCUCUAAUCAGUGUUUGUGUCGUACCGAGACGUAUCGGAGCACUUUAGAAAAGUUGACUUUAGGUCCCUGUCCUGUCGUAAAGAGAACAUUCCUGGGCCCUUGUGCUGGGCGAUGUGACCGCCAGGUGCCCCUCGCGGUGAGGAGUUUCCGCUCAGCCACGUGGCAGGAGUCGGGGCUCCCCACCACGGGGCCGAGAGCAUUUCUCGGUCGUGCCACGCAGCGGGGCAGUGGCGGUACAUGUCUGGCCAGCAGGAGGUCACCCCUGGGUAGAGCCCAGUUCUCCUUGUGUGGUCGGUGGCUGAACAGAUACUAUUUCUGUGGAAUCUGUGUGCGUCUUUGUUAAUCGUGACCAUAAUCUUAGUCCACCCGACAAUUGCUUUUACGAUGAUUGCGUUUCCUCACCGUGGGAUCUUUCAGAACCGUCUUAGAACUUAAGACCUGAUUCCAGCAAUAAAAGCGUCGGAGGUGA